UGCCCGGCUCCGUGCGGGCCAGGCCUUCCGUAACACAGAGGCCCUCCCACCUCCCUCCUGCAGAGCCUGCGUGGCUCCCGAGACGACGCUGCAGUCCGGGAUAUCCCGGCCCCGAGGUAUAUGUCACAAGGAAAAUAUGUGGAAGCGAGAGAGUUAAUGUACUCAGGGGCUCUGCUGUUCUUCAGUCAUAACCAGCAAAACAGUGCUGCUGAUCUGUCCAUGUUGGUUUUGGAGUCUUUGGAGAAGUCAGAUGCAAAAGUUACAGAUGACCUUUUAGAAAACUUGGCAAAAUUGUUUAGUUUAAUGGAUCCAAAUUCCCCUGAAAGAGUGGCUUUUGUAUCCAGAGCACUGAAGUGGUCUAGCGGGGGAUCAGGAAAACUUGGCCAUCCAAAAUUACACCAGUUACUAGCCAUUACCCUGUGGAAAGAGCAAAACUAUAGUGAAUCUCGGUAUCACUUCUUGCACUCCACAGAUGGUGAAGGCUGUGCAAACAUGCUCGUGGAAUACUCCUCAUCCAGAGGCUAUCGCAGUGAGGUGGACAUGUUUGUAGCACAGGCAGUCCUACAAUUUCUCUGCUUAAAAAAUAAGACCAGCGCCUCAGUUGUUUUUACAACAUAUACACAGAAACAUCCUUCAAUAGAAAAGGGUCCGCCCUUUGUGCAACCACUGCUAAACUUCAUCUGGUUUCUGUUAUUGGCUGUUGAUGGGGGAAAACUAACAGUAUUUACAGUAUUGUGUGAACAGUAUCAACCGUCCCUGAAAAGAGAUCCCAUGUAUAAUGAGUACCUAGAUAGAAUAGGACAGCUUUUCUUUGGUGUUCCGCCCAAGCAGACAUCGUCCUAUGGAGGAUUACUAGGAAAUCUUUUAAACAGUCUGAUGGGAACUGGAGAAGAUGAUGACACAGAAGAUGGUCAGGAAGACAGCAGUCCUAUUGAACUGGACUGAGUAUUUUUGCCAUAGGGUGCCCUGUACACUGAUGGUUCCAUGACUCCAAAGACAGUUUUGGAAUUUGAAUCCUGCAGUUGUUUCUUGGCGCCUAAAAGGGCUCCUCCAGUCUUUUAGAAAUGGUUGCUGAAAUGUUUAUAAUGUUCGGUCUAUAUUAUUUAUGUAAACAAAAGAAAGAAAGCAACAAAAAGUAGCCAAAAGAACCAAUGGGAGCGAUUGUUAGCAGGUUUCCGAUGCAGCGCCUGGUGACUUUGAUUAAAAUAUAGUCGUCUACGGUUUCUGAUGCAGUAUUCCUUUUGCACAAUAACUCAGUAAUAUGGGUCUGCUCCACGACCUACCCAUUACCGUGUUUGUUACAAGAAGGCCUCCCUGACCUCUGCCAUCUGCAAGGAACAUCCUGAAAGCAGGGUGAGUCCCUGCGUAACUGAGGGGUGAGGCUGGUGCCAAAAGCCCUGCGAUGCGAGGAGCCCAGAGCACAGGGAGCUGCACAGCCAGGAUGCACUGACACCAGGAGCUCCCUCUGCUGCAGUGAGAACAGCACUGCCUGCGUCUAUGGUGAGCUGGCUCUGGCUGAGCCUAUGUGUGUGUUUAGCUGAUACUUCUGAAAAGCACAAGAUUGAAUUGCUCUCGAGUAAAAGCUGACCAGUGGAACGCAGGUAAUUGGCUCCACGCGGAUCUCUCUCGCCUAGGCUUAAAAAUUUGGCAUCUAAAAUACCUCCUCUGGCUGGUGGCUCUGCUCCUUUGGAACACUCUUUCUGAGUUCACAACCGUAUGUAACAGCGAACAGCCACGAGCAAUGUCUGCAUUUGAAAUGCAGCUACACGUAAAGAAAAGGGAUACUGCAGAACUUUUGGUUCUUUAUGAUAUAUUUAUUUUUCUUGGGUGAUUGAUUCAUUUAACACUUCGUGUAAAAAGGAUAAAUCAAUAAAUAAUGGAGUAAUUUCAACCCCAGUGGUAGGCAUAGCAAUUCUACAUCUCCUCUUUACUGCAGACCACUGAGUGGCGGUGGUGCAGCAAACAAAUGAAAGGGGGAAACGCUUUAUUUUUUCACGGUGAAAAUACGAAGGCUUAGAUUAAUAAACAGCAAUCAUGCAUGGGGGAGGGAGGGGUUCAUCAGACUUUACUGACUGUAUGAAAAAGAAAAGAAGGCAAUGAAAGGCAGAUUUUGUGUUAAUUGUGACGUCUCAAAUAAACACUUUAUACCAGGA